UUGUCGGGGGGAAGGGAGGCACAGAAAGCCCAAACUCAUUCCAAGCAGAACCAUCAGCUUGUAUCGUUGCCCAGUGCUUAACAACUGUAUCCUUGUAAGGUAACACCUCAUUUUGUCUUCUUCCACGUGAACAAUUUGUUCAAAGAAUGCUCCUUUCCACUUGAAAAUGGAGAAAUUUUUUUAAGAAUGGCUUUACAUUUGCAAUUAUGCCCCCAGGCAACAGGAAACUAAUGUUUCGAAAGAACACUUGAUCCCACAGCUAGAUAAUGCUGGUUUCCUCAAUAAUGUGCGAACGCCUGAAGGCUUUAUGUUGUUGCCAGACAUACAUUUUUUUUGAUUGGUAAGAAUUGCCAGGUGACGUUUCAUGAAAUAUAAAAACAAGAAAGACAGAGGGAGGCCAAUAAACAGAACAACCUGUCAGUUGGGAAAGAAAAGGGAAAGAGAUUAUUAAUCAGCAGCAAGAGAUGGCGCUUGGAAUUCCAUUGUACAUCCUGCUCAAUGCCAUGGUAUCAUUGAGUAAAGAGACAACUGUUACUGUAUCUACACCAAUUACAAGCCAACAAAGUAACUGGACAGUUAACAAAACAGAAGCUGAAUACACAGAAGGGCCCAUAGCCCUGAAGUUCUCUCACCCUUGCCUUACAGACCAUCAUAGCUACUGCAUCAAUGGUAUCUGUGCAUUCCACCAUGAGCUCAAGAAAGCUAUUUGCAGAUGCACUACAGGUUAUACUGGAGAAAGAUGUGAGCACUUAACACUAAAUUCAUAUGCUGUGGAUUCUUAUGAAAAAUAUAUUGCAGUUGGAAUUGGUGUCGGAUUGCUAUUAAGUCUCUUCCUCGCUAUUAUCUACUGCUAUGUAAGGAAGAGGUAUGGAUCAAGAAGGAAUGUGGCAUGGACAGCAUUGUAUUGAAAUUCAGACCACAAAUCUGGCAGGAUCAUUCAUGACAGCAGUUCUGAUGCAUGAAAUUGAAACCUCUUUAUAAAGCCUGCUAUGGAGACAAGAGGCCAUGGUGAAAAGUGAGCAUAAUAUUAUUGGUCAAAGCAGAUGUGGAUCAGAACUGAACCAAAAUUUUCCAAGGGAAUCCAGCAAAAUACCAUGCUUCAGGUGAAUGAAAAAAGAAGAGGAAUAGAUCAAACCUGUACUCUGAGUUCCCAUUGAAUGAGUAAAUGGACCCACUCCAUUUUGACAAGACUUGACAGCGCUAAUGGAGGCUAUCAUGGGAGUUCUGGAUGCAAGAGUCAUUGACCUUCCCUGAGUCUUUUUUGGUGUUACUGUUCCCCAUACAAGAGGAUUUGAUGUUUUCAUUCUGAUACGUCAAAUGUGGAUUACUGCAGUCAUUCCUGCAAGAGCCAAUCAAUUCAACACAACAAACUCUUGUUUGUUAUAGAAGAGAUUCGCGUUUAAGCUAUAGGUUGGACUACAUGGCUUCUGGGCACCCUUCUAGCUCUAAGAAUCUGUUGUUCAAAAGUUCCAUGGCAAAUGGGUGGGAGAAAAGAGACAUUUUCACAGAAUCCCCCCACUAGGUGGAAGGCCCUGUGCUAGGCCACAGUUUGGAAAAGAACUAUAGCCAUACUCGCUCCUGAGGCCCGUUGUCUACUGGCAAGUCAAACUAGCCCCUUUGGGUUGUUGUCUGUCCACAGUGUGGACCUACCCCCUUUAAAUAAGUUACUUCUAUGGCACCUGAGAUGAAUGUGAUAACUAUUAUUCAAACAAAACCAGUGUUAUUGAGGCUCCAGUGGCCCAGGCAUGAAGUCAAAGUGUGAACUCUUAUUUCUAGAAAUGAAAGGUCUGUAGAAACAUUAUGACCAUUACCGCAGUGCUUAUUAAGGGAGGUGGAUAUUCUUCAGAAGAAGCAAGAGUCUCAAAGCCAGUGACCAUUGUCUUAAGGACUCGAAAAUGAGCAAAGCCUUUCUUCCUCUGAAUGGACAUAAAAUGUUUUUCCCCAAACAUACUGGUCCCCACUAUCAAAUGUGUGAUUUAAUGAAUAGCCAUGUAACAGCAAUAAGAAAAUAGUUCAAAGUGACCUAUGGUCCACAGUUAGCCCUUACAUUUGGACUCGCAGGGUGAGCAAGGUCAUUUCUUCACUGGCUUAUGACAUAUGGAAUUUUUCUUCCCAAUUUCUUGACUAUGUAGAUACAUGGAAGAUGUUGAGGUUGGAAAAAGUAUAGCAAAAAAAGUAUUAAAUUGGAAGUCAAUACAUCAGGGCUUUGGUUCAAGUUGACUACCAUUGACUAACUGGGUGACCUUAAGCAAAUAACUUUCUAUUUUUAGGCCAAAGUUUGCUCUAUAAAGUAUAUGAGAUGGACUAGGGGAUCUCAAGUAAUAAUGAUAAUGACGAUGACGAUAAUGAUGAUGAUGAUGAUGAUGAUGAUGAUGAUGAUGAUGGCA